AUGGGUCUCAGUCUCAUGGACAAGCUACAAGCCAAACUCGAGCUCUACCGUCUCGAGCAGCGCUAUGCCCGCCGCAAGCACCGAAGCACAUUCUCCACGGGCGCACAAUACGUCGACGGCGAAUAUGUCUACUCCAACGGUGCCAGUUCACCAACUAGUACCGUCUCCAAACACUCGACUGGCACCUGGCGCCCGUCAUGGGGUAGUCAGGCGUCGCGGUAA